AUGGAUGAAGACGACAUUCCCGAGCUUGUUGAAGAAGAAAGUCUAGAGGCAGUUCCAACUGAAACGGAACUCGUCACGGAGAAGGUACCCGUUACUAUAGUGACUGGCUUCUUGGGCUCAGGAAAGACAACUUUGCUCAAUUACAUACUCACCGAACAACAUGGUAAACGCAUAGCCGUAAUUCUUAACGAAUUUGGUGAAAGUAGUGGUAUCGAGAAAUCCUUAUCCAUCGGAGUCGAGGGCGAAUUGUUUGAAGAAUGGCUGGAAUUGAGUAAUGGCUGUUUGUGUUGUUCUAUCGUUGAUAAAGGUGUCAAGGCAAUAGAGAAUUUGAUGCAGAAAAAAGGAAAGUUUGACUACAUUUUGCUAGAAACUACUGGACUCGCUGAUCCCGGCCCUAUUGCGUCGAUGUUUUGGCUUGACGAAGCUCUCUGUAGUGACAUUUAUUUAGAUGGGAUAGUCACGCUUGUUGAUGCAAAGCAUAUUCUUCAGUAUAUCGCCGAGACGACGAAAGAUCAUUCUAUCAACGAGGCUAUAAGACAGAUUGCCACAGCCGAUAGAAUAAUAAUAAAUAAAACUGAUUUAGUGACACUGUUGGAUCUGGACACGAUUGAAAGACAAUUAAGAUCGAUUAAUGCUACAGCUGAAGUAAGACGAACACAACAGUCAAGAAUACCUUUAGACUUUAUUCUUGAUAUCCAUGCGUUCGACAUAAAGAUCCAUUCCCAAACGUUGCUUGCAUUUGAUGAGAAGCCAGGUCAUCCGCAUUUGGACGAGGACGUGCGAACAGUUUGUCUUGCUCUUCCGUAUCCAUCAAUUAAGAUUUCGCUAGUGGAAGAAUGGAUUCAAAAGCUUCUUUGGGAUAAGACAAUUCCAAAUACCACGAUCAAUAUAGUAAUUCUUCGAUUAAAGGGUAUUCUCACACCAGAGGAUUCUCCAUUGACGCGCAUUAUUGUUCAGGGGGUUCAAGAACUGUAUGAUUUUCAAUAUGCAAAGACAAAUGCAGACGAUCAAGUUACUGAAGAUAAACUGGUAUUAAUUGGGAGAAAUCUAGACAUACAAUUACUAAAGAAUUCUCUGUGGCAAUGGAUGGGUUGGCAAUUAUCAGAUUUAUAG